AUGUAACCAGAGCGCCAUUUUGCACACGAAGAGCCGAUCACCAUCCGAGCUUUUGGACUCUUUGUCCCGAAGAGACAGAAGUUCAGAACCAGCCGAGCCGGACCGGACAGAACCAGCCGGACCGUACCUAACCCUAACCCUAACGGGACCGGAACCGGACCGAGAUGGAGGUGUUUGUUGUUCAGGCGGAUGUGAUCCUACAGGCGGGACUUCAGUCCGCGGUGUGUGAGCUCCAUCCCGGGGGGUCGCGAGCUCCUGACAGGGAUCAGCUGACUGCCGUCCUCCGGAUGAUGACCAGAGAGGCGCUGCGUAAAAUCAGCCGAGUCUUCAGAGAGCUCUACGUCCGCCUGGAGACAGAAAACAGAUCUCUGAAGGACAAAGUGCUCCAUCUGGAGUCAGAGGGCGAGAAGACUGUUUAUAAGAUCCAACCAUCAGAUGGACCCGCCCUCUCACUGGACAUCAACCAAUCAGCAGUGAACCCUACAGCGCUCGCCAUGGCGAUCCUCUCCUCCUCCAAACAGCGAGCUAACAGCAGUUCUCAGGUUCCUCUGGUCAUCGUCAGCCAGCCGCUGCCUCAACCAAUCACAGGCCAAAGCCCCGCCCCCCAGGACCUACAGAUGCAGACAGACUUGCAGACGGACCUGCAGACGCAGACCGGUCUGCAGACCGGUCUGCAGACACAGACAGACCUGCAGACGGACCUGCAGAUGCAGACAGACCUGCAGACCGGUCUGCAGACGCAGACAGACCUGCAGACGGGCCUGCAGACGCAGUCAGACCUGCAGACGCAUUCAGACCUGCAGACGGACCUGCAGACGGGCCUGCAGACGGGCCUGCAGACGCAUUCAGACCUGCAGACGGACCUGCAGACGGGCCUGCAGACGCAGUCAAACCUGCAGACUGACCUGCAGUCAGACCUGCAGACGCAGUCAAACCUGCAGACUGACCUGCAGUCAGACCUGCAGACGGACCUGCAGACAGACCUGCAGACGGACCUGCAGAUGGAGGUGGUGUUAGAAAUGUUCUCCACACAUCCUGAAGAAUCACCUGCAGGCAUGACAUCACUUCCUAUGUCUGAUGGUCAGCCAAUCAGUGAUCCCUCAGUUGAACCAGUGACACACCUGACACCUGAGGACCAGGAUGUUGUUGAAACAGCAGUGGAGGCUGACAGUCAACCAGCGCUGAGCCCGGAGCAGCAGAAGGAGACGGACAGGAGGAGGAGGCGGGAGCUGUACAAGGAGAAGAGGUUUUUCUGUGAGUUGUGUAACAAAGGCUUCCACCAGCAGCAUCAGCUGAAGAAACAUGUUUCCUGCCACCUGAAGCCGUUCCCUUGUAGCUCCUGCGAUAAAGGCUUCUAUAAAGCCCGCAGUCUGCAGAAACACGAGCAGAGCCACAAGCUGCAGGCGGCGCAGGAGAGCGACCCGGAGAAGCUGCUGCGCUGCGACGCCUGCAGCAGGACCUUCCGGCUGCAGAGGCAGCUGCGCUCUCACCAGGCUGCGCAGCACCGAGAGCAGCAGCUGCACUGCAGCGUCUGCCCCCGCAGCUUCACCUCAGCCGCAGCGCUGCGAUACCACCAGGUGUCGCACGCCGCCGUCAAGCCCUUCAUGUGCGACGUCUGUGGAAAAGGCUUCACCAGGAAGAAGAGUCUGCGCGAGCAUCAGACGGUGCACAGCGGCGCGCGACCCUACCCCUGCGCUGCCUGCGGGAAGAGCUUCUCCACCGCCAGCAACCUGCGCGUCCACAAGAGGUCGCAUUCAGACGAGCGGCCGCACAAGUGCCUCCAGUGCGACAAAGCCUUCAAGAGCAGGAUGGGCCUGCUGCAGCACCGCCUGGUUCACUCCGGGGAGAAACCCUUCACCUGUCCCACCUGCGGACUCAGCUUCGGACUCAAGUACAACUUCCAGAGACACGUGCGGCUGCACAACGGGGAGAAACCCUUCAGGUGUGAGAAGUGUGGAGAAGGUUUUUCUGGAACGUGGGCCCUGAAGAGCCACAUGCUGGUCCACGGUGUGGAGAAGCCCUUCAUGUGUGACCUGUGUGGAAAGACCUUCUUCUAUAACUGCCAGCUGCAGAAGCACCAGCAGCUGGUCCACGGGGAGAAGGAGCGUCGGGGGGGUGGCGCGGCGGGGAGGCGGAGAGAAACCGUAGAGAAACCGUUCGGCUGUAAAGUCUGUCUGAAGAGCUUCAGCAGCUCCGCCACGCUCAGGACGCACGAGAAGAGCCACGCCGAGAACAAGGAGUUCAGCUGCGACUCCUGCGGGAAGACCUUCCACCUGAGACACCUGUACCUGUACCACCUGAGGACGCACAGCGGGGAGCGGCCGCACGUCUGCGCCGUCUGCAGCAAAGGCUUCCUGUUGCAGUCGCAGCUGAAGCAGCACGAGCUGCUGCACACCGGAGAGAAGCCGCACCGCUGCCAGACCUGCGGGAAGGAGUUCAGGACGCCGCAGAACUACCACCGCCACCUGCUGGUCCACAGCGGAGAGAAGCCCUACGCCUGCUCCGUCUGCAGCCGCAAGUUCAGGCAGUCCAACCAGCUGAAGUCUCACAUGCAGAUCCACACCGGCGUCAAGCUGUACUCCUGCCAGCGCUGCAACCACGGCUUCUCCGACUCCAGACAGCUGAAGAAGCACCGCUGCGGAGACGAGCUGCAGCCGAAGAAGCACCGCUGAGGAGACGAGGAGACGAGCUGCAGCCGAAGAAGCACCGCUGAGGAGACGAGGAGACGAGCUGCAGCCGAAGAAGCACCGCUGAGUAGACGAGGAGACGAGCUGCAGCCGAAGAAGCACCGCUGAGUAGACGAGGAGACGAGCUGCAGCCGAAGAAGCACCGCUGAGGAGACGAGGAGACGAGCUGCAGCCGAAGAAGCACCGCUGAGGAGACG